CUCCGACAUAUUAAACAACCCCCACUGGUAUCCGCCUCCCUGGAACACUCCUCUAUCAACGUCACAUCGUCCCGAGUAUCAUCGCUCAAAGAAAAGCCGACUGCACACCCCGCUCAUAUCCUCCGGCCCCACCGGAUCCGCGAUCGCGGAAGCAGGGGGAACGUCACAAUGACCCUCACACCUUAUCACACACCCUCUCACAACCCCAUCGGCUCAAAAUCGGCUCAACCACCACCCCGCAACAAGCUCAACCUUCACCAUCAUUUCGAUUAGAGGGAUCGAAAGCCAAAUAUACCUCCCGGCCUCGCAACAAGAAAGCUAGAAUCACAGCUCACCAGCUCACCAGCCCUCCAAAACCUCAACCACCGAAGCGCGCACACAACCAUCAGAAUCACAAUGCCCUUCCCCUCCAAAACGGUCCUCAUCACAGGUGCGACAGCCGGCAUAGGCCUCGCCCUCGCCGAGCGCCUAAUCGCAAACGGCACCUUCGUCAUCGCCGUCGGCCGCCGCAAAGACCGCCUCGACGCCCUCGUCUCCGCCCACGGCGCCGAUAAAGUCGCUGCCGAGCCGUUUGAUAUCGCCGACCUCGCGGCCCUGCCGGCGUGGGUCGAGAAAAUAACAUCAACCCAUCCAACCCUAGACACAAUCAUCCUCAACGCAGGCAUCCAGCGCAGCAUAGACUUCACCUCCCCUUCCACAAUCUCCCUCCCCUCCGUCUCAGCAGAGCUAGCAACAAACUACCUCGCCCCAAUCCACCUCAUCACCCACUUCCUUCCACACCUCCAAUCUCUCAAAAACAGCACCAGCACCGCUCAAACAACAGCAUCCAUAAUCCUCGUCUCCUCAGGCCUAGCCCUCGUCCCGAUCCCCCGCUGCCCAAAUUACUGCGCCACCAAAUCCGCCCUCCACUCCCUCGCCUGGUCCCUCCGCGCUCAGCUGCAAUCGAGCCCGUCCUCCGCCCACGUCCGCGUCAUCGAGGUCGUUCCGCCCGCCGUGCAGACGGAGCUGCACUCCCAGCAGCCGGACCUGGUCGCGGCGGGCCAGGCCAACUUUGGUAUGCCUCUGGACGAGUUCACCGACGAGACCUGGGCCGCGCUCGAGAAGGGAGAGGAGGACGAAAUCAUCGUUGGGCCGGCCAAGAAUUUCGCCCACAUCGAGACGGACAAGAAAAAGAUGUUUGACAAGAUGGCGGAAUCAUUCAAGUCGGGCAACAAAGCAUAGACUAUAUAGGUUUACGCGCCGUACACCUUGGUUAUAAUCAAUCACUUGACACC